AUGUGGCAUCAUGUUCAGGAAUUUGGCUUGCAAAAAAAAUACAGUGAAGACCCUGAAUUUGCAUUGCAAUUAAGAAUGUUACCAGCUUUAGCAUUUGUUCCUAAGGAUGAUGUAAUAAGUUCAUAUAGUGUUUUAAUUGAAAGUAAUUAUUAUACAGAAAAUGAAGAAAUAUUAGAACAAUUUUUAGACUAUUUCGAAAAUACCUGGUUAGGCAAAUUAGACAGACGAAGAAGACGAAAACAACCGAAAAUUGAAAUUGAAAUGUGGAACUGUUUUUUAAUAAUAGAACAAGAUAUAGCAACAACAAAUAAUUCCAUUGAAGGUUGGCAUAACUGUUUUACGUCAAUCUUAAGUGGAAAACAUCCAUCAAUAUGGCGUUUUAUUGAAGCUUUAAAGAAAGAAGAAAGCAUAAAUCGACUUAAAAUUGAGCAAUAUAUAUAUUAUCUACGUGGAAUAGCCUAUAAUUUUCAACUGCAAAUUUAA